AUGGGAAAUAGUAGUAUUAUAAACCAAGUAUUGUCUAAGAUCUCGUUUUAUAUCGAAAAACUAAAGAAUCAAAGAGAUAUAGUAUAUAUAUCAGAACCCAAUGUCACAAAGUCCAUUUGGAGGCACUUUCUUGAUAAUUAUAUUUAUGUAAUGGUAGUUACUAUAGUAGUAUACAUAGUUAUAUUACUUUGUCAAGUGCAGAAGAGCCGCCUUAAUCAGUCAAACACAAAUCAAAUUACAGAUGAGGAAGCUUUACGCCUUGAAAAUUUGGCGCGCCGCCAGCUACAAGCAGAGUUGCCACUUUUUUCAGAUGAUUUCUUUAAGUUAGAUUCUGAAAUAAGUAUUGCAUCACAAGCGAGUUCUCAUACAAGCGUGCCUAUACUUGAGUAUGUGGUCCAAAAUACCCAAACCCAUAUUCCAAAGAAACAAAGCAAACCAUCGUUUUUAAAAAGUCUACCAAAAAAGAUGAAGUUAUUCAGCAAUCUUGCAGUGUUAGCAACUAUGUCAGUCACUCCGCGAUCGGUUAGAAACCGUCUUAAAUUAGAAAAAUUAAUUAUGGAAUAA